AUGGGUAAGCGCAAGUCGUCAAAGAAGCCCGUCGCCCGUAGGCAGAAUGAGCCCCUGUCGACCACGUUCAAGUGUCUCUUUUGCCACCACGAGAAGUCUGUCAGCUGCAAGAUCGACAGGCAGUCCAUGUUUGGUCAUUUGAACUGCAAGGUCUGCGGCCAGAAGUUCACUUCGCCCAUUAACAACCUCUCGGUCGCUGUGGACGUUUACUGCGACUGGGUGGACGCGUGCGAGGAAGUUCGCAUCAAGCAGCCCAAGAAGGUCGUCAAGCCUCCUCCCCGCCGCUCAGCGUCGCCCGAGGCCCGUCGCCCGAGCAAGCGCCAGUCGGCGCGCGACGCGUACGACGACGAGGACGACGAUGAUGACGACGACGACUUUGACCACCGCCGCCCGCACAAGGUGUCCCGCGACUACGAUGACGAUGACGACGAUGAGUAG